AUGCAGGAAACGACUGAGGGAAUGACACUGGAGGCAUACGCCGCCAAGAACGCGGGCGGGCCCGGGGCGAUUUACCUGGGAGACCUGAGCCAACUGGUGGGGCCGGCGCCCAGCGAAGAUCAGGGAGACUUCGACGGGAACGUGCCGCUGGACGCCUUGGAGAGGCACAUAUGGAUCUACGAGUCAACCUUUUACGAAAGCCUGCUGGAAAAGGCGAGGUUGCUGGAUCCGACCGAACUGGUCUACGACGGAGACCCGGUCACUAUUCAGCACGCGUGCAUCAACAGGGCGCUGCUGCCGUGCGUCUUGAUCGAGACCUACCUGGCCCCCAACCUGGAAGAGCGUACAAACGGGAAGCUGAUAUUGAACGUCAGCUCAUACCCGGAACUGGGGCUGGCCGGGCCGGAUACGCUGACUCUUGUCAGCGACGGCACGCUGGAGAUGGCGAACAUCUACGGUGGGUACGUGGGCGGGGAAAUGCCGCCCAUCGAGAUCCAGAACCUGUGGGGGAUCUACCCCGAUCGGGAAACGGAAUUCCGGGCCACGAUAGCCAUCACGCCUGACCUGGAAGCCCUGGUGCGCGACGCCACGGGUGGAUUCGUGCUCAAUCACAACUGGUUCUCGGGGAACGACCUGUAUUUCUUCAGCAAGGAGCCUCUGGCUACGCUGGAGGACUUCGAUGGGCUGAAGACGCGCAGCCACAGCGCGGCACUGUCGGACUGGAUUGAGGGCAUCGGGGGGGACGCGCAGUUCCUUGCGUUCGCCGAGGUGUAUACCGCCUUGGAGCGCGGCAUUCUUGAGGCAGCUGUCGCGGGGGCCGACGCAGGCCACGGCCAGCGCUGGUACGAGGUCACAGACUACUUGGCCGGUCCGCUGACCAGCUUCCCGUCCACCAACAACAUCAUCAACGGCGAAAAGUGGGACACCAUACCGGCCAACCUGCAGCAGAUCCUGAUCGAGGAAGGGGCCAAGUCGGAACUGGAAGCGCUGCGAAUUGCAUCCAUCCAGAAUGAAAUGGGCUUGGCAAAGAACCUGGACAAGGGGAUGACGCUGGACCAGUUCAACGACGAAGUUGAGGACAGGAGCCUGAACUCCUCGGUAAUUGAAUACGUGAUUCCUGCAUGGGUCAACCGUGUCGGCAGCACGGACCAUGAAAUCAUCGGUGUGUUCAACGAAAAUGUCGGGCCGCUGGUGGGACUUCACAUUAACGCGGACGGCUCGGUGACCAAAACCGAAGUCCAGAAUUAG